GGGCCAUUACCUGAGCAAUCUAUUAUCAUUCCCAAAUCUGCACAGCUACUAUGCUUAACAAAAUUUUAUUAAUCUUGAUGUUGUGUCUCGGUUACCAGAUCAGUCUGGCUACAUGUGAAGAGACAGUGGAAAUAACAAUUCCUGACGGAACGAUCCGUGGGCAGGUGAAUAAUACCGUUAGAGAAAAUGUUACUUUUUACAGCUUUCGAGGAAUUCCUUAUGCUAAGCCUCCAGUGGGCAACUUGAGAUUUGCGAGCCCAGUGAAAAAUUCUGCUUGGAGCGGAGUGUACAAUGCGACGUACGAUAGAAGCGAGUGCUACCAGAAUUCUGAUGGCUUCUUGGGAUUUACCUUUGCUGGCCAGGAAGACUGUCUGUACAUUAAUGUGUACACACCAGAUAUCAACGCAUCCGGCCUACCAGUUCUCGUUUGGAUACAUGGGGGAAGCUUCCUUCUGUCUAACAGCAGCUAUGCUCAGUUUGCUCCCGAUUUCUUCUUGGAGCAAGAUUUAGUGUUUGUGUCUUUCAAUUAUCGAAUGGGUGUAUUCGGUUUUCUAAGUACGGAAGACGAAGCCUGUCCAGAGAACUGGGGGAUCAAAAAUCAACUUCUGGCCCUCCGAUGGGUCCAGGAGAACGUGGCAUACUUUGGGGGCGAUCCCAAAAAUGUAACAAUCUCCGGAGAAAGCGCCGAAUCGGUUUCCGUUAAUUUAUUGUCGCAAACCAACAUUUUUUGUGAUUUUCUCGCUUUAUACGAGAUUCCUAUAAAGAAAAACUGGCUAGAAAUUGAGCAUUGUUUCCAAAUCUUCGGCAGAUCGAAGUUGAUUUCCAUGCCCUCGCUAGCGCAGCAGCUGAAAGCAGAAAAUUUUAAAAUAUUAUAUUGUGUAUUCGGCUUUCUAAGUACCGAAGACGAAGCCUGCCCAGGUAACUGGGGGAUCAAAGACCAACUUCUAGCACUCCAAUGGGUCCAAGACAAUGUGGCAUACUUUGGAGGCGAUCCCAACAAUGUAACCAUAUCAGGAGAAAGCGCCGGAUCGGUUUCCGUUCAUUUAUUGUUGCACACCAACCGCACUACAGGCCUGUUCCAGAGGGCGAUUAUGUGCAGUGGAACGUCGUUGAAUCUUUGGGGAUUGAACACUAGGGCGGCUUCAACUGCCACCUUACUUGGUGUCAACUUGGGCAUUAUUACAACCAACACCACAUUUGUGUCUGCCGAUCAAUUCAACCGGCCAAUCAGAAAGGCGGCCAGUUUGAUGGCCAAUUACACCACCGUUUACUUCUAUGAGUUUGGGUAUCAGGGAACGGUUUCAGCAGAUGGAGAUCGAGAGUACGAAGGUACUGGCCAUGCAGAAGACCUCAGCUACUACUUUGUGGCUGAUUCCAACUAUACAGCAACUGACCUGAAAGUGUCGGAGACGAUGGUUCUUUUGUGGUCGAACUUUGCAAAAUAUGGAAAUCCUACUCCUCAAGAAGACGAAAAGUUCAACAACACUAUAUGGGAGCCGAUCGAUUCCACUGACUCUGAUCUGAUCUAUCUUUCCUUCAACGAGUCCAUCGUGAUGGCCACCAACCCGAAAGAGGCUGAUUGGAAGUAUUAUGAGCGAGUGUAUGCCAAGUAUGGGGACGAUUCCGAUGAAAUUACCACUUAUGCAAACUAUUAUCAUUCCCAAACCUGCACGGCUAGUAUGUCUAAACAAACUUUAUUAAUCUUGGUGUUGUGUCUCGGUUACCAGAUUAAUCUGGCUACAUGUGAAGAGACAGUGGAAUUAACAAUUCCUGAUGGAACCAUCCGUGGACAGGUGAAUAGUACCGUUAGAGAAAAUGUUACUUUCUACAGCUUUCGAGGAAUUCCUUAUGCUCAACCUCCAGUGGGCAACUUGAGAUUUGCGAGCCCAGUGAAAAAUUCUGCUUGGAGCGGAGUAUACAAUGCGACGUACGAUAGAAGCGAGUGCUACCAAAAUGCUGAUGGCUACUUGGGAUUUACCUUUGCUGGCCAGGAAGACUGUCUGUACAUUAAUGUGUACACACCAGAUGUGAAUGCAACCGGCCUUCCAGUUCUGGUUUGGAUACAUGGGGGAACUUUCCUUCUGUAUAACAGCAGCUAUGCUAAGUUUGCUCCUGAUUUCUUUUUGGAGCAGGAUUUAGUGUUUGUAUCCUUCAAUUAUCGAAUGGGUGUAUUCGGCUUUCUAAGUACCGAAGACGAAGCCUGCCCAGGCAACUGGGGGAUCAAAGACCAACUUCUUGCACUCCAAUGGGUCCAGGACAAUGUGGCAUACUUUGGAGGCGAUCCCAACAAUGUAACCAUUUCAGGAGAAAGCGCCGGAUCGGUUUCCGUUCAUUUACUGUUGCAAACCAACCGUACUACUGGCCUGUUCCAGAGGGCGAUUAUGUGCAGUGGAACGUCGUUGAAUCUUUGGGGAUUGAACACUAGGGCGGCUUCAACUGCCACCUUACUUGGUGUCAACUUGGGCAUUAUUACAACCAACACCACAUUUGUGUCUGCCGAUCAAUUCAACCGGCCAAUCAGAAAGGCGGCCAGUUUGAUGGCCAAUUACACCACCGUUUACUUCUAUGAGUUUGGGUAUCAGGGAACGGUUUCAGCAGAUGGAGAUCGAGAGUACGAAGGUACUGGCCAUGCAGAAGACCUCAGCUACUACUUUGUGGCUGAUUCCAACUAUACAGCAACUGACCUGAAAGUGUCGGAGACGAUGGUUCUUUUGUGGUCAAACUUUGCAAAAUAUGGAAAUCCUACUCCUGAAGAAGACGAAAAGUUCAACAACACCAUAUGGGAGCCGAUCGAUUCCACUGACUCUGAUCUGAUCUAUCUUUCCUUCAACGAGUCCAUCGUGAUGGCCACCAACCCGAAACAGGCUGAUUGGGAGUAUUAUGAGCGAGUGUAUGCCAAGUAUGGGGACGAUUCCGAUGAAAUUACGACUUAUUAGAUAAGGCAAUAAUGUUUAGUUAAUAAAAGCUAUUUUUUAACUCA